GCCGCCGCCGCCGCCGCGGCCGCCGCCGCCGUCGCCGCCAUUUUCCCAGAGCGAGAGGCAGUGACACUGAGCGGGCGCAGGGGGCCGAGUCGGAGACCGUGCCUGAGUUCGGGAGCGGCAACAGAGGGGGCAUAGACACUCUGAGCAGCCUUGCCGUCGCCUCUGCGUUCCUGUUGACUGUUUGGGUGCCCCCUCCCCUACUCCUUGAUUGCUGGUGAAGAGGCUGCGCGCUGCUGUUUGGGGAGGGGGUGUGUGGAGCCGGGUCCUGUGUCCGCAGUGCCUGCUGUCGGGGGGUCGUCUGUUCGCGGAGGUGUGGAGAGGCUCCUUGGGGGUCGAGCAGAUAACGGGGUUCGGGUGUCUGGUGUGUGAACAUCACAGGUCUAUUCUGGAUAGCAGGUUUUGUGAAGACAUUUAUUCUUUCUUGGACCUCAGAUUUACCAGACAUCUCAUGGGUUUGUGGAUGCACUUAGAUGUUUGCAAUGAGCACUGUGGCUGGCAUGCCCCAGUGUUUUGGAUACCAAUGCAUAGGACUCCAUAGUAAUCGAAUUUACCAGAGGCGAACGUCAUGAGCAUAGUGAUCCCUUUGGGGGUUGAUACAGCGGAAACAUCAUACUUGGAAAUGGCUGCAGGCUCAGAACCAGAAUCUGUAGAAGCUAGCCCUGUGGUAGUUGAGAAAUCCAACAGUUAUCCCCACCAGUUAUAUACCAGCAGCUCGCAUCAUUCACACAGUUACAUCGGUUUGCCCUAUGCGGACCAUAAUUAUGGUGCUCGUCCUCCUCCAACACCUCCGGCUUCCCCUCCUCCAUCAGUUCUUAUUAGCAAAAAUGAAGUAGGCAUAUUUACCACUCCUAAUUUUGAUGAAACUUCCAGUGCUACUACAAUCAGCACAUCUGAGGAUGGAAGUUAUGGUACUGAUGUAACCAGGUGCAUAUGUGGUUUUACACAUGAUGAUGGAUACAUGAUCUGUUGUGACAAAUGCAGCGUUUGGCAACAUAUUGACUGCAUGGGGAUUGACAGGCAGCAUAUUCCUGAUACAUAUUUAUGUGAACGUUGUCAGCCAAGGAGUUUGGAUAAAGAGAGGGCAGUGCUACUACAACGCCGGAAAAGGGAAAAUAUGUCAGAUGGUGAUACCAGUGCAACUGAGAGUGGUGAUGAGGUUCCUGUGGAAUUAUAUACUGCAUUUCAGCACACCCCGACAUCGAUUACUCUAACUGCUUCACGAGUUUCCAAGGUUAAUGAUAAAAGAAGGAAAAAAAGUGGGGAGAAAGAACAAAAUAUUGCAAAGUGUAAAAAAGCCUUUCGGGAAGGAUCUAGGAAGUCAUCAAGAGUAAAGGGUUCAGCUCCAGAGAUUGAUCCUUCAUCUGAUGGUUCAAAUUUUGGAUGGGAGACAAAAAUCAAGGCAUGGAUGGACCGGUACGAGGAGGCCGACAGUAACCAGUACAGCGAGGGCGUGCAGCGGGAGGCGCAGAGGAUAGCUCUGAGGCUGGGCGGCGGGAGUGACAGAAAAGAAAGAAAUAAACCAGAUGUGAACACCAACAGUCUGCUCUUCAAACCUCCUGUUGAGAGCCAUAUACAAAAAAAUAAGAAAAUUCUGAAAUCCGCAAAAGAUUUGCCUCCUGAUGCACUUAUCAUUGAGUACAGAGGGAAGUUUAUGCUAAGAGAACAGUUUGAAGCAAAUGGAUAUUUCUUUAAGAGACCAUAUCCUUUUGUUUUAUUUUAUUCUAAAUUUCACGGGCUAGAAAUGUGUGUUGAUGCAAGGACUUUUGGGAAUGAGGCUCGGUUCAUCAGGCGUUCUUGUACACCCAAUGCAGAGGUGAGGCAUGAAAUUGAAGAUGGAACCAUACAUCUUUACAUUUAUUCUGUACAGAGUAUUCCAAAGGGAACUGAAAUAACUAUUGCCUUUGAUUUUGACUAUGGGAAUUGUAAGUACAAGGUGGACUGCGCAUGCCUCAAAGAAAAUCCAGAGUGCCCUGUUCUAAAACGUAGUUCUGAAUCCACGGAAAACAUCAAUAGUGGUUACGAGACCAGAAGGAAAAAAGGAAAAAAAGAAAAGGAUAUUUCAAAAGAAAAAGAUACGCAGAAUCAGAAUAUUACUUUGGAUUGUGAAGGAACAGCCAACAAAAUGAAGAGCCCAGAAACUAAACAGAGAAAGCUUUCUCCAUUGAGACUGUCGGUAUCAAAUAAUCAGGAACCAGAUUUUAUUGAUGACAUAGAAGAAAAAACUCCCAUUAGCAAUGAAGUAGAAAUGGAAUCGGAGGAGCAGAUUGCAGAGAGGAAAAGGAAGAUGACAAGAGAAGAAAGGAAAAUGGAAGCAAUUCUGCAAGCUUUUGCCAGACUUGAAAAAAGAGAGAAAAGAAGAGAACAAGCUUUGGAAAGGAUCAGCACAGCCAAAACUGAAGUUAAAACGGAAUGUAAAGAUGCACAGAUUGCCAGCGAUGCUGAAGUUAUGCAGGAACAAGCAAAAGAAGAAACUGCUAGCAAGCCACCCCCUGCCAAGGUGAAUAGAACUAAACAGAGGAAAAGUUUUUCUCGCAGUCGGACGCACAUUGGACAACAGCGCCGGAGACACAGGACUGUGAGCAUGUGCUCAGAUAUCCAGCCAUCUUCUCCUGAUCUAGAAGUCACCUCACAACAGAACGACAUUGAGAACACUGUACUUACAAUCGAACCUGAAGCUGAAACUGCACUAGCAGAACUAAUUCCCGAAACUGAAGCUCCAGCACUUACUAAAUGUCCUGCCAAGUACCCGAAAACUAAGAAGCACUUGGUCAAUGAAUGGUUAAGUGAGAAGAAUGAGAAGACAGGAAAACCUUCAGACAGCCUUUCAGAAAGGCCUCUGCGCAUAACUACAGAUCCUGAAGUGUUAGCUACUCAGCUCAAUUCCUUACCAGGCCUGGCCUACAGUCCCCAUGUAUACUCUACUCCUAAGCACUAUAUUCGGUUUACUUCACCAUUCCUUUCAGAAAAAAGGAGAAGAAAAGAACCUACUGAAAACAUUUCUGGCUCAUGCAAGAAGCGAUGGUUGAAACAAGCCUUAGAAGAGGAAAACUCAUCAAUUUUACAUAGAUUUAAUUCACCCUGUCAAGAAAGAUCCAGGAGUCCUACAGUCAAUGGUGAAAGUAAAAGUCCACUGCUACUAAAUGAAUGCUGCUCCCUCCCAGAUCUAACUACACCACUAAAAAAACGAAGACUUUAUCAGUUGCUAGAUUCUGCUUACUCUGAAACCUCCACACCUACUCCUUCACCGUAUGCUACACCGACUCACACAGAUAUUACUCUCACGGACCCAUCAUUUGCUACUCCUCCACGGGUAAAAUCAGAUGAUGAAGCUUGCAGAAAUGGUUAUAAGCCCAUAUAUUCACCAGUUACCCCAGUAACUCCUGGCACACCAGGAAAUACCAUGCACUUUGAGAAUAUUUCUUCCCCAGAAAGUUCUCCAGAAAUUAAGAGACGCACUUAUAAUCAAGAGGGAUAUGACCGAUCUUCAACCAUGUUAACAUUGGGGCCUUUUAGAAAUUCUAAUUUAACUGACCUGGGUCUGCAAGAAAUAAAGACUAUUGGUUAUACCAGCCCUCGGAGUAGGACUGAAGUCAACAGACAGUGCCCUGGAGAAAAGGAAUCUGUGUCAGACCUUCAGCUGGGACUCGAUGCAAUCGAGCAAACUGCCUUACAUAAAACCAUGGAACCACCUACACAUGACAGGACUGAUUCUAACAGCCAACUGGAAUCUACUCACUCUGGACGGGGCACAAUGUAUUCUUCCUGGGUAAAGAGUCCUGACAGAGCAGGAGUUAACUUCUCAGUAAACUCUAACUUGAGGGACCUGACGCCCUCCCAUCAGUUGGAGGUUGGAGGAGGCUUCCGAAUAAGUGAGUCAAAGUGCCUGGUGCAGGAUGAUACUAGAGGCAUAUUUAUGGAAACACCUGUGUUUUGUACUUCAGAAGAUGGGCUUGUUUCUGGUUUCGGACGGACUGUUAAUGACAAUUUGAUCGACGGAAGUUGCACACCCCAGAAUCCACCACAAAAGAAAAAGGUCUCUCUAUUAGAGUACCGUAAAAGACAGCGGGAAGCCAGGAAGAGCGGCUCGAAGGCUGAGCACUUUCCACUGGUUAGCGUGUCACCUCACGCAAGCGGCAGCUCGAUCAACAGUGGUGAUGGCUGCGGCAACAGGAGUGAAAGCGGGGAGCAGCUAGAAGGCACCGCUAGCCUGCCGUUACCGACACCAGCUACGGUUUAUAGUGCUGCUUCAGAAGAAACCAGCAAUAACUGUCCUGUUAAGGAAGCUUCUGCCAGUGAGAAGAACGACCCAGAAGUUCAAUGGACCGCUUCAACCUCAGUGGAGCAAGUGAGAGAAAGGAGUUACCAGCGUGCGCUACUUCUCAGCGAUCACCGAAAAGAUAAAGACAGUGGGGGAGAGUCACCCUGUGUCCCAUGUUCACCGAGUCAUGUUCCGUCUUCACCUUCAUCUCAUUCAAAUCACAUUCCCCAGUUGCAACCCAAGGGCCCAGUCCCUCCUUUCAGUGAACUUACAGAAGAUCCUGACCCUGAAAAUCCAGAGCCCAUGACUACAAGUGAAUGUCCAUCCCCAGACACCUCUCAAAACACUUGUAAAAGCCCUUCAAAAAUGAGCAAGCCUGGUUCCCCGGGACCCGUACUUCCUGUUCAGCCGCAUGGGAAAAUACCCACUAAGUCCGAUUCCCACUGGGAGGCAACAGCUACCGCGUCGGAAGCGGAGAACGGGGUGCACCUGAAAGCAGAGCUCCCCCAGAAGCAGCUGUUAAAUAACACCCAAGCACUUCCAAAGAACCCUCCUCCUCAGCCGCUGGCUCGAAGCUCAGCCGAGCAACUUUCCCAGAAGCUGCCAUCCGCCGCACCGGUCAAGUUGCACUGUCCUCCGUCCCCUCACGUAGAAAAUCCUCCUAAGUCCUCGACACCCCACCCGCCUGUGCAGCACGGUUAUCUCUCACCAAAGCCCCCUACCCAGCAGCUAGGCUCGCCCUACAGGCCUCAUCACGCACAGUCACCUCAAGUGGGAACACCUCAGCGUGAGCCUCAGAGAAGUUUCUACCCAGCCGCACAGAAUCUUCCAGCCAGUACUCAGCAGGCGCCGUCUGGAGCACUCUUCACACAGACCCCCUCAGGACAAUCUGCCGCGACAUACAGUCAGUUUACCCCCCCCAGUCUGAGCAGCACGGCACCGCCCCCCCCCCCCCCCCCGCCGCCGUCUUCCUCCUCGUACUACCAACCCCAGCAGCCCUCCGCAAACUUUCAGGGUUACAACCAGCUUAAAGGUGGUCUUUCCCAACAGGCCGUGUUUGCAUCGGGACCAAAUCAAGCACUUGCGGGCGCCAGCAGCCAGCAGCCCGCUCCAGGCCACCACGUCACUCCGGGCCAUUUCUUGCCUUCUCCGAACCCUCCGCUUCACCAUCAAACUGCCCCGGCUGUGGUGCCCCCCCCGCCCCCCCCGCCCCCCGCCCCCGGGCCACACCUCGUACCGCAGCCCAGCUCCCAUCAGCAGCACUCUGUCACUCACGUCGUAGGGCCUGUUCACGCGGUCACCCCCGGCUCUCACAUUCACUCUCAAACCGCUGGACAUCAUUUGCCACCACCCCCGCCACCUCCUGGUCCUGCCCCUCACCACCACCCGCCACCCCAUCCUUCUGCAGGACUCCAAGGUCUACCAGCACAACACCAGCAUGUGGUCAAUUCAGCACCCCCCCCGCCGCCGCCGCCGCCACCUUCCAGUGUGCUGGCUUCUGGGCACCAUCCCCCCUCUGCUCAAGCCUUACACCAUCCACCUCAUCAAGGACCUCCACUUUUUCCUGCAAGUGCUCAUCCAGCCGUACCACCGUACCCCUCCGCAGCCACACAUCACACCACUCUGGGACCGGGACCCCAACACCAGCCUUCUGGAACAGGGCCACACUGCCCAUUACCAGUCGCAGGUCCUCAUCUCCAGCCCCAAGGACCAAACAGUAUUCCGACACCGACUGCUUCAGGGUUCUGUCCUCACCCUGGCUCUGUGGCCCUGCCACAUGGGGUUCAAGGACCUCAGCAGGCAUCCCCAGUGCCUGGACAGAUUCCGAUCCACAGAGCACAGGUGCCACCGACAUUUCAGAACAAUUACCAUGGUUCAGGGUGGCAUUAAAAUGGACUCCAAAAACAUUUUUUAAAAUGUUCUGUAAGAUAAAAACUGUAUAUUUCAUAUGUACCUAUUAAGGUACUUUUUAAAGCUUGUACAUGAAACUUUGU